CGGCGGGUGGAGGAGACCGCGGGCGCGGAGGGUUGUCCCCGCGGAGGGAGCGCCCCGGCAUCACCGGGCUUCGAGCCGCCGCUGCCGCCUCUUGUCUGUGCUUGGCGCUGGUCGGAGUUGUCAUCCGGGACUAGGCUGGGCUUUCUCGUCGUAUUUCACGUCUGUCAUUGCCUGGGAAACUUCACGAGCUCGAAACAACUUUGAGCGGAAAGAGAAAAAGAAAAAAGUAAUUUCCUUUAAUGUUAUAGCUGCUGGAAAACACAGUCGGCAAGUUCCUCUUAUAAUUGCAGCAUCACUCCUUCAGAGGAAGCGAGACCUGAACAUAGGAUCGCAGGGAAAGCACUUAAUCUCAACUCCUUUUGUGUAAUGUGUGGAAAGACUAGGCUUUUCUGUGCCAUGCAGUUUAUGUUGCUUUUUAGUCGCCAGGGGAAACUGAGACUCCAGAAGUGGUAUGUCCCAUUAUCUGACAAAGAAAAGAAGAAAAUCACAAGGGAACUUGUUCAAACAGUAUUAGCCCGCAAGCCGAAAAUGUGCAGCUUCCUGGAAUGGAGAGACCUGAAGAUUGUCUACAAAAGAUAUGCAAGCCUUUAUUUCUGCUGUGCGAUUGAAGAUCAAGACAAUGAACUAAUAACUCUAGAAAUAAUUCAUCGCUAUGUAGAACUUCUUGACAAGUAUUUUGGCAGUGUAUGUGAACUUGAUAUCAUCUUCAAUUUUGAAAAAGCCUAUUUCAUUCUGGAUGAGUUCCUUUUAGGAGGGGAAGUUCAGGAGACUUCCAAGAAAAAUGUUCUCAAAGCCAUUGAACAGGCAGAUCUUUUACAGGAGGCAUUUCAGUGAAGACACCAACUUUACUGGCUCCAGGUUUCCAAGGGUGUGAAACACUGGAAGACAUGAGUUGUCUUCAUGAAUACAUAUCAUGCCAACAGUCCACGUCAUGAAUACUUUAAUGUCCCAGUGUACUAAAUGGCUUCAUUCAUCAUGCAUGCAGAAUUUCAGAGGAGAUAGACCUGUGACUUACUCAUGACAGGACAUUAUCAUCAGCUUGGUGAAUCCAGUCAUCGUGAAUCUAACAGAAUGCCGCAACCAUUCUCUGCUGUUGUACUUUCCUCUUCCCCUUCUGUUUUACAGUGUUGUCUCUUCACAUGUCUCCUUUCAACAGAACUUGUGCUUGCUGGCAUAUGGUUUUAACUUUUUUUUGUGUGUAAGCUUGAAGUCUUAUGCUUAAAAGUUCUGUAGAAUUUUCCGAGCUAAAUAGCUAUAUACUGCAACAUUACUUGACCUGUGUUUAUCUUGCAAAUAAGUUGUGGUGGUAUUUAAAAAUACUUAAAACCUGUAGAUGAAGUUAAUAUUUACAGAGAAACUAAUGAAGUAGUAGUAUGCAAGCUGUAUACACACAAAUGUUAAAUGAUGUCACACAGUUCUACACAGACCUUGCAUCUUAAUUAAAGGUGCACACAGCAAUAUAUUUAAUGAGACCUCCUUAUAAAGAGGAGGAAGGCAGAACUGAUAUGGGCAAAAAGAAUGACAGGUAAAUCUGAAGUUGCAAAAUUUGUAUUUAAUUGUUCAAAUGCUCUUGUGAAUAGUUGAACAAUUGCUGCUACUGAAGGAGAGAACAAGCUCAUUGCUUCACAAAUGGCUAGGGUUAGAAAGAUUAUUUUUUUUAAGUCCAUUUACAGCAUACUUGAAAAAUGUCAUCUUCAAUUGGCAUUUCCAGUUUUAAGUACAGACUACCUUGUAUAUCAGAGAACUGCCACAAGGAUGAAUAUAAGUGCCAUUCAUUUAAAAAGUAAGGGCAGAGAGAGAGGGCAUGUAUUGCAUCCUCUGUUUGCCUAGAAGAGGAGAAUAAUUCGUAAGCUCAAACGAGUGCUGGUUUUGAAAAUUGUUUAAAUUUAAUUAUCAAGAAAUUGAUUACUGAGAUUAACCACAUUCUAGUUGCAUGUACUAUAUGUGGUAAUGCACUACCUUUUAAAUGUUAAACUGACAGAGAAAUGGGAGAUUUAGGGGAUUAGACAAAAGAUCUGGAUUGGACUUUCAGCAUUCUGAAGUCUUAGAAAACAAGAUCACAGGAGUGGCUUUCCACUUCAAAGUUUGCCUUUUUUCUGUAAGACAUUAACAAUGUGUUUGAAUGUCUGGUUAAUGCUGCUUUAGCCUGCAUUAUUUCAUGCCUGUUGGCUUAAAAUGCUGUGCAUUGAGCUGUAAUGAGAUGCUGUUUUUCUUGUUAUCUGUAUACAGCUGCUUGCUUCUAAAUGACUAGGUAAUGAAUUAGCUUUCCUGGCAUGUUUGAAAUAAAGUAUUGCAUGCA